AUGGCGAUUCUACAAAGUCAAAAUGAAGCAAUUGCAGAAAAAAGAAAGAUGGCAAAACAAAAGGAGAAAGCCAGGAGAAGCAGGCCUAAACAUCAAAAAAGCUUGAACUGUGCAUUCUGCCUAGUGUAUGGAGCACAUAUACGGAGUGAGAAACUGGUGAUGUGGGAGGAGUUAAGCUACAUUGUGGGUCUGUGCCAAGUUUCGUUUUGCUUUAUGGGAGACUUCAAUGAGAUAUUAAGGUUGGAGGAAAGGAAAGGUGUUGUUAGUUUACCAGCAUCGGCAGAAGACUUCAAGGAAUGGGUGCAAGAUUUACAACUGGUGGAUUUACCGCUAACUGAUCGAAAGUUCACAUGGGUUCGAGGUCAAUCUUGCAACCGUAUUGACAGAAUUCUCGUCAGUGUGGAGUGGCUAGAGGAAUUUUCAGAUACUAUGUUGAAAGGGGGACCUAGAGGUCUAUCAGAUCAUUGCCCGUUGAUUUUGGAAGAUACAAGACUUAGUGCGGGUCCAAGACCAUUUCGAAGCCUGAUGAGUGGAGGUUUUUUGGGUGAGGGUGAGUUCACUAAUAAACUGAAGGCCUUAACGGUACCGCUGAGGAGAUGUCAUAAGGAUAAGUUUGGGGACAUAGACAACAGGAUAAAGAGGUUUGAGGAAGAGAUUAGGAAGAUUGAUGACAUGCUUAGUACUGGUAGUUAUGACGGAACAGUGGAGGCUAGACGGAACGCUCUUGUGACUUGCUGUGCGAAAUGGUAUGCCAGAAAAGAGGGAUCUGCUCCUAUGAUUGGGAUUCGUGAUGGGUUGGUAAAAUGGAUUACUAAUGACGAGGCAGCAGUACUAGAGGUGUUGCCAUCGCCUGAAGAAGUACGAGAGGUAGUGUGGGAUUACGAGUCAAGUAAAGCACCAGGUAGUGAUGGCUGUGUUGGGCUAAGCGCCAAGCUACCAACAGAUGCUAAUGUAACAUGGGUGGCACUAGCUCCAAAAUUUGUGGGAGCAAAGGAGAUCAAAGAUCUAAGGCCGAUUAGCAUGGUUGGGUGUGUCUAUAAGGUGAUAUCCAAAGUUCUGGUGAGAAGAAUGCGUCUAGUGAUGCCAGGUUCAGUGGGAGAGACUCAGUCUGCUUUUGUAAAAGGUCGCAAAAUACAUGAUGGUGCGCUCAUUGCUUGUGAGACGGUGCAAUGGCUAAAGUUGCGUAAGAAGCAAGCUGCAAUUAUCAAAUUGGACUUUUAG